AUGUGGUCUGACGCUCGUACUGAGAAUGGUGGCGCGGCGUCGUCGACGAUGUCCUGCCAACUACACAAAAAGAUCCUCCAAACUGCGUUGGAUCACAUCUUGCGUGAGAUUCCAUCUUCGAGAUUGAUCUCUAUCAUUAAUGGUGCUUUGAAGAUCAAGGAGAACCAUGUGUGCCCAAACCCGCUCAACGACCCUGCCAGCACCGCUCGGAGCAACCCCACGGUACCGACUAUGAUUGUAGUCGGUGCCGCGAAGUUGUUCUGA